GAGAAAGUGUAUGUAUUUUAUGUAGCGACAUCGUGUAUUUGUUUCGUAAACUAGAACUAUCACUCUAACAGAGCACAACGAACGCAAUUAAUUUGGCGGAAAGCUGACAAAAACUAGAAUAGUUGGCUUUGAGCUUUAUUGGCAGGAGUUAAAUUGUGAAUAUUGUGUAUUAACUGAAAAGUUUAGUGUACAUUACGUUAUUAUAAGAAAUUUUAUCCAUUAAGUGACCCGACUAAAAAGACCUGUGUGCUGCCAAAAGAUACUCAUUAACUUGAAUUCUUGAGAAUUUCAUUUGGAUAUAUAUGCGGGUUCGUUCAGAGCAGUUCAGUUUAUACUAAAUACUCGUAAUGAACAGACCGAAAUAGAAAGUAAUCGAAGAUUUUAAAUAAAUUAGUAGUGAGUAGAGUGAUAGUGAUUUGAUGAGAAACACCCAUUAGAACUUAGAAAGUUCUACGUUCCAUCCAGGAAGUAGGAAGAUUUACAGUUCUUAUAAAUACCCAAAUAAAUCACUGUCCCAAGAAAAUGCUGACAGUUUUUCGCCUGAAAAUGUCCCAGAAGUCAUUAGUAGCGUCCAUCAGGAGAAUUACCUCACAAAUUCUACUCGCAAUUUACAUGGAGAAUCACUUCCUAUAAGACCUCAGAAAUGAUCUAAUUAAUCAAACCCGAUGAUUAAAUGGCAACUUUCAGUCAAACCCCGGAAAAAGGCCGUCCGCCUGAUUCCCCAACAUCGGCUACGGGUUUAAAACUAUUAAACAGGAAAUCGAGCUCGAAGUCUACAUGGCACAGUAACCCGAACGACAAACAUUCACCGUAUCUUUGUUCGAACUCGAAUCCAUUGCCUAGAAACUUCGACGGCAACGAGUUCUUUGAAGUAGAAACGAAAUUGACAGAGGAUCUCAACAAAAAUGUACAGGUCGCCGUCAAAAAGAUGGAAAAAACUAGCUUAAAACAAAGUUUACCUAAAUUACUUUGUUUGACUAAGUCGCCUGUUCGUUUCAAUAAAAGAGAGACGACCAACAUAAAUGCAAUGAAAACAUUGAACGUAAAAACUUUGAGUAUGGACAACUACGAAUACGACGAGUAUAUGAAAAAAAGUGCCUCUGGUUAUCUGAAUAAUUCAAAUUCGGUGAAUGACCAAUGUGAUAAUUCAACAAAUACGUCGUCUCAGUUCUGCAAUAACAGUAGAAUAGAAAAUUCGAAGAAAAGCAGAAAUAGUUUUCAUCAAAACGUUGAAGAAGCUUUAAAUUCUCUAUUGUGGCAGCCCUAUGAAUACCAGGGAACUACGAGAAAUUCUCCGUCAAUUUCUCCGUUUAGCUCUUAUAGUAGUCCAUCUUCAUCUUACAACGACCUUGAAGAGCUUACAAAGAAUGAUGGUACUUCAGAGCCAUGCAGUUUUAGAGACCUACAUCUACAAUCGUCGACUUCGGAUUCAGAAAUGGUUAUUAACCUGCGAGAACCCAUCGUGACGCACCAAUCACAACGUGUAUUUACGUCACAUGACCCUCGUACAAUUCGUUCAACAACUCGACUAAGCGAUGUAUUCAGUUUAACGGAGAUUGCGAGUCAGCGUGUUUCACGAGUCGACGUCUACGGCGAUAGUGAUGUAAACUUUUGUGAUAUGCAAGUUAGUGUUCCGUUAAAUUCGUCCUGUGCGCCAGAAAUCGACGCUUCACCGGUUCCAAUUUGUGACAAUGGGGUGAACAAUAGUGUUACGACGCAAACUAUUUUUCAAAAUAUUAACGAAACAAAUUUAAGUACGGCUAAUGUCGUUGGAUUACCGAAUCACGCGAGAUAUUCCUCAGUGCCUGUUAGUACUAUACAGACCAGAGCUACCAAUAGUAGCACUCUAGUACCGAAACACUCAAGGAAUAUAUCGGAACCAUCUAAUCAAUUUUUCAAAUGUCAAAACAACGUCUUCGGUUCUCAAACCACGAGUUCGAAUAUUUAUAGACACACUACACAAAUUGAUCAUCCGAACGUACAGCAAAUUAAUACUUUCAGAAGUACUUCAGUACCCAAGAAUGUGCCAGUCAUACCGAGACAUGAAAGUACAACGGUUACUACUACCACGACGGUACCCAGUACUUUUAUAAAUAAUUCUAGAUUUAGUCAAAAAAUAAAUACGCAGGUGUCAAACGAUGUCAGUAACGUCAAUGUAAAUUUUUAUAGAGCAGUACCUGUUAAUGUCAUUUCUUCGGUACCUACUAUUCAUUGCUUAAAUACUUUAAGUAAUGUACAAGGGAAUGAAGUAUCGAAUGUUCAAGUACUUCCACUAGGAAAUCCCCCAAGUUUAGUAUCUACAACUAGCUCUCUUGUGGUCGGUACUACCCAAGUUAUUUUACAUAAUACUCAAGCUAGUAUCGGCAAUAUCGAUAGACCGAAUCUUUCUGGUUUGCAGAAUAGUUCUACUUCAACUAACACUAGUACUAAUACUAAUGCAGUAAAUAAUUUCUAUCCUCAAACAUCGACAAAUCAAGUGAUUAUUCAAAAUAAACCUUCACAUUGUACUACCGUUCCUUUUGUUAAUAAUCAACCCAUUUUAAGAACCAAUGUUCAGGUUGAAUCAAAUGUUCAAGCUUCUCCCGUAAGGCAGCAGGGAAACGAAAAUAGAUCCACCACUAGAACAUUUACGAGUACUGAAGCACAAACUGAUGAAAUAUCAAUACUUCCUCCUACCAACGAACAACCUACAACGAGCAGGGAAAACAGACGAAGAGAACGACGUGAAAGAAGACACCAGAGGAGAUUAAAUAAUAGAUACUCAGUGGAUAGUAGUACUCACGUUAAUAACCAAAAUGAUAGGCUUCCGGAUUUACUUAAUAGUCAUCUACCACCCCCUUAUUCACCUGUUACUGGUAGCUCUGGUCCUAAUAUUGGCUCGGUCAGUCCAAUGUCGCCUCUAAUGGCAAAUUCUGGAAUAUUACCGCAUCCCCAUGGCACAGUUCUACCCACUGUGGUACCUAGUAAUAUAGUGUCUCCUAGUGGAUUUGUAUUUCAAGGUCCUCCACCUGUUGGACAAGUGCCUCUUGUUCAAGGGCCAGCACCUGUAGCGGUGCCACCUCCGACUGGUUUCAGAUUCCCAUUUCCUGCUACUGGAUUUAGAAGAGGGCGAUUUUCGGAAGAUCCACCUAAAGGAUGUUGUGGAUUUCUUUCAUGGAAACCGGGUUCGCUGAGGUGGUUCAUCGCACUUAUAGCUUUAGUUGCUGUCUGCUGCGUUUUGGUUGGUACGGCAUUGGGGGCCAUGAGACCAUCUGGUCGAGAUCAUCUCACCGUAUCUUUACUCAUGAUAGGUGUUGGAAUAGUACUCGUUACAGUUAGCGGAGUAGCAUGGCGAUUAACAUCGCACGAUUCCUCGACUUGUCGAUCGAUGCUUGGAUUAGGCAGUACGGAAUCGGUUGAAGUUUGUCCACGACGUUUCGUUCCGAGACUUCCACCCGCUUAUGGCCGUCCUCAUCAUCCGUACGCAGCAAUGAUGUAUCCAGAAUUUCAAUACAGACCUCCACCGCCUAGUUAUCAAGCUUCGAUGCAAGAAUACAGGUUGAGAUUGUUACUGCUGGAAAGAGGCAAUACCCCACAGAUACACAACGGGAUACAAAACGCUAUUUCGCCUCCUCCGACUUAUAGAAGUCAGUCAGGAAGUUUAUUAAGGGCACCAGUUUCUAAUAGACGUGAUGCUCAAUCAGAAUACAGUUGUCCGCCUUCCUACCGAUCCCAGAGCACCAGACCUGGUACUAUACAGUCAAAUUCAGUACUACAUAGUAGAGAGCAGUCAUUGUCGUUAUCUGAAUCAAACCAUGGUGGAUCAAUGGUUAAUGUAGUCAAUAUACUUAGUAGUACUGAAGAGGACAUAGCUUUGGACAACAUAACAUUGGAUUCCUUAAAAAUGGAACCUGAGAAUGAUUUGAAUCCAGUGAAAAUGUUGCUGAAAGGCAGUUCUGGUGAUCUAGAAGGAAGCAAAGAUGGGAAUCUUGUCACUAUAGUUCAAACCAGUGACCAGAGUCCGGUGAUAGUGACUGUAAGUGGUAGUUCCCAAAUAGACAGUAAUAAUUCUGUUCAGAUAACAGAAAUACCUUCGGGAAUGGAAAUUUUAGCACAUUUAUAGUGUUCUUCAUGUGUAUAUAAAUAAGAGUCAAAUUGAAAUUUGAAUUUUUGAAAAAUAGUUAUAUUGUUACAGAAUUAAGAUAUUUUGAAAAAAAAUUAAUAUUUGGAAAAGUAUCGAAAAUUAUUUUACUGAAAUUUGGUAAGAAUCUUAUAUAGAUUCGAUCAUUUCCACUUUUCAUGUAACUACAAAUUCAAGAAUUGAAAAACAGUUUUUAACAUCAAUUUCUAUUAUAUAGAGUACCAAAUUUCAGCAAAUAUAUAGAAAACUUAUAAACAUACCAUAUUUUUUAAGAAAUCGUCUUGUUUUGAUUGAGUUUGAAAUUCAGUAAUUUAACUAAUCGGUAUAGUUCCUGAGAUAUAUUGUUUAUUUUCGAGGUUUAAAAUUUCAUGAUUAUUAUCAUUGGUACUCUGCCUUUUAAUUAUAAUCACUUUGGAUCCAAACAAAAAUUUCUUAUGCAAUACUAGUAAAGAGACAUAUUGAAGAUAUUUCAACUCGAAUAUCUUGUAAAAAGGCUGUUGAACAGUAUAACUAGAACAAAUUCGCUUUAUAUGACGAUUUCUUACUUCCUUGCUUGAUUAAUACAACUAGUAUUAAAGCCCUAGCAGACUACAGACUUCGUAUCGGCCGAUUUUGUAUUACGACAAAUUUAACUAUCCUGAGUCUGCCCUUUGUUUUUCCUUAUAAUGCCUAAUAUAAUUAAAUCAGCUUUUCCGCCAAUUCAACAGACAUAAACCUUUUGUCCAUGGUUAUAUUUCUGUUGGUACCAUGAACAGUUGCUGUUAAAUGUUUCACAUAGUAAUUAGCUAAAGGCAGACCUCCAUGAUAAGGCAUCUUUCCUACAUAUGGCUCGGCAUUUAUCGUAUAUUUUGUCACAAAUCAUUACAAGCAUCGGGCCUUACUUAGACGGUUUGUUAGGAAUAUACAUUCUGAAUGCACAUCGACACAAUUGUUCAUCAAUUGUAAUAUAGGAUGUUGGUGUGUAUGAAGUUUUGAAAAUAGAUAUCAAAAUACCCCAAAUUUCUCUAGCUGUCACAAAUGGAUCGUUUUGUAAUCUUUCUGUGCGAGUAAGUUUGUUAUCAAACCGUAAGUAAACUAAGAGAAAACGAAAACAAGAGCUACUCAUUGUCACCCUGUACAAACUUCUGAAAGAUUGCGGUCAAAUAACUUAUUGGCAUUCAUAUGAUUGUUUUUCAUAGCAGCUGUAAGAAUCAAUAAACCCAAAAGAGCCAAAAUUUCUUCUUUAGAUGUUUCUGAAGUCAGUGAAUAUUUUGUUUUGUUUUUGGCUGCUUUACGCGAAAAUUCUUGAUUUGUAAAUUCAAUUAUUUUUUCAACUAUCCCUAUCAUUUAUAAGAUGCAAAAAAAUUUAUUUAAGAUGUAAAAGAUUCUAAGCUGCACCCUUUGGCACUUGGAUAAAAUGAAUUAUAUUUCUUUUAGUUUUGCCAGGUUGUAUUAUCAUAGAUUUCUUGACAAGGCGAGACAGUGGAAUAUUAUUCUCUUCAUCUCCGUUCGAUCUACAAGUUCCAUUAUUUGAAUCAAUCACUUCAUCUUCAUGUUGAAUAAAAUCAUCCACGUCCAAGAUUUGAUCCGAUAUUAUUGACUUCUAAAUCAUUACUAUCCUCAGAAUCAUUUAUUGAAUCAUCAUCAUCCCUACCAUUCAUUAUUUUUCCGUUUUCGACAACCGCAAUUUCUGCAUUAAGAGGUAUUUUGAUGUGGUUGCCAUUUUUUGCAUCUCACUUGGAAAAGAAAA